UUUUCUCUCAAAAUUGCCUUUAGAUUUAACCCUACGCCAAAAGCUGGUUUUUUUUGCUGUACGCUUAGACACGCCCAGAAUAAUACAUUGCGUGUAUUGAUCUUGCUGAAUACCGGAGAGAAGUCUGACCAACUAUUGCAACAAAUAUACCCGGCAUCUCCGUCCCAAAGACGGUCCAAAAAAGAAACCCCUUCCAGACAUUGCCACAUACGUCAGCGGAUAGCCGUCACUAUAGGGUCGAGUAAAAGCAUACAUGAUGUUGACCCAAAGUCUUCAGCCCUAUGAUGCUUUAAGCAAUGGCCACACCCAUACUACCAACGAUCCUCUCCUGGCCCCUCGGAAGAGCCGACAGGAGCUAACAGAGGACGGGUUUACCACCCGCUUAUCCUCCAUGGAGUCCAAACAUAAGUAUCUUGCGACGCCCACCUCUCACCAGACAACAGAUGCUACCAGCGAGACCCACACCUCGCCGAGCUCCCUAGAGGAGGACGAUCGCUCCCCGGUCACUGAUGCAUACCCUGCCAAGUUGGGCUACGCAGACCGGCGAAGCUUGGAACCUAAAACCGCCGGCUCCAACGUAACCCAGGCAACCAUUACCCAGGACAACAGUAUGGAUACUGAGUUAUCGCAGCAAGAGACCGUAUCCAACCUUCCGGCUUCAGCGCCUGUCCAGGCCCACUCACUAGAACACAGCAGCCCUACCAUUACCGGCGAACACAUCAACCCUGUCGUGAAGAGUAAGCUCAUUAGCCCUACUAUAGCUGGUGAGCCCUACAACCCUAACAUAGAAGACGGCGAGCAGAUGAGUGAAACCAUACAGGCGCCCGCACCCAAACACCCGUACAAGGCUCUUUCCUCCAAGGAGUUUCGUUUCGGUUCCUCACCAUCGGUGAACCGCAGAAGCAGCUACGAAAGACCCACGUCCCCGCACUCUCCUCAUAUCGGCCAAGAUACCGGUCCAUCGGCCGUGUCCCACAAACCUGUAUUGGCGCGUACCAGUUCCACCUUUGGGAGGACCUCAACAAACCGUUUGGAGAUGCGCCGAAGCGAGUCUGCCGCGAAGAUCGAAAUUGAUCGCAUGCGAAAUAGCGUGUUGCAAAAGAAGCCUGCCAAGAAGUGGCAGGGCCGCAGACUGACAGUGGAUGACGACAAGGUGCUAGUGGGAAACAAGGUGAGUGAAGGCCAUGCUAACUACGUCAUGGCCUACAACAUGCUCACGGGGAUAAGAGUGGCUGUCUCGGGGUGUUCCAAGGCCAUGAAGCCAUUGGUUGAUGCUGAUUUCUCCACCACCAGGAAACUUGCCUUUGACAUUACCGGUACUGAGUUGACCCCUUCCUCUAAAUAUGACUUUAAGUUCAAGGACUACGCACCUAACGUUUUCCGUGAAUUAAGGACGCUCUUUGGUUUGGACCCGGCGGACUAUCUUGUUUCCCUCACAGAAAAGUAUAUUUUGUCAGAGUUGGGGUCACCGGGGAAGAGCGGCUCGUUCUUCUACUACUCCCGUGACUACCGCUUCAUCAUCAAAACAAUCCACCAUUCGGAGCACAAACAGUUGCUCCGUAUCUUACCCGAAUACCAUCGGCACGUCAAGGCCAACCCCAACACGUUGAUCUCGCAGUUUUACGGCUUGCACAGAGUCAAAAUGCCGUUUGGUAAGAACGGGGUGCGGAAGGUGCAUUUCAUCGUGAUGAAUAACUUGUUCCCGCCACACAGAGACAUCCACCGGACCUACGAUUUGAAGGGCUCGCUCAUGGGGAGAUACACCAACAUGAACAAUCUCGAUCCAGCGGACAAGAAGGCGACCGUGAUUUUGAAGGAUUUGAACUGGUUGGAGAACCACAACGACUCUAUCAAGUUUGGCCCGACCAAGCGGAAACUCUUCCUCGACCAGUUGCAGAAGGACGUUUCCCUCUUGAAAAAGUUGAAUAUCAUGGACUACUCGCUCCUAUUGGGGGUCCAUGACGUGGCGAUUGGUAACACGGACGAGCUCACCAACCAACGGUUGUCCGUCUUCCAGCCGAAAGCUACCGACAAGAAAUCUGUGAUCAACACCAACCCGGAGAGCAUUGACAGAAUGAAUGACUUACCCACAGAGGAGUUCCCCGGCCGGUCCCGGUUCUUGUUCUACGGUGACGAUGGUGGUAUCCGCAGCUCCAACGAGGAAGACCUCCCGAUGGAUGAGAUAUAUUAUCUUGGCGUGAUUGAUUGCUUGACGAGGUAUGGGUUUGUGAAGCGGAUGGAGACGUUUUGGCGCAGUUUGAGCCAUGAUCGGAAGGUUGUCUCGGCCAUUCCAUCAAGUGAAUAUGGAGACCGGUUCUAUGCGUUUAUGAAGAACUGUUUGAGCACAAACAAGAAGAAAAUGGAGUAAGGGAAUUUUCACCGAAAACUUGUGCUACAGCUCCACCCACUCCUUAAUUACAAACUUUUUUUUGCCUUUUUGGAUGCUAGUUGUUAAAACCUUCUUUUGGAAGAAACUAACGAGCUGAAAAAGACAAAAUACGCAGAUUGGAUAUGUACGGCUGACUUUUCUUUCAACCCCUGUGGACACCACUUUUUGCAUGUUUCGUUUCUUCGCUUCCGAAGUUACGAACUCCACCUCCCGUUCUAUAGCAUUUAUGCUGUACUUUUCAUGUUCCGGGAACAUUGUUUCUAUUUGCUUCUAUUUUAUUAGACCAGCUCACA